GACAGUAAAUUCAUCGAGGUGUUUCUUAAAGAUGGUCAUUUACUCAAAGAUUGGUAUCAAGAUAAAAAGUUCCUAAGCAUUGAUGAAGAUUCUAUACUUUCUGACUGUUGGAACACUGAAGGACUUAGAUAUAUGCAUGGAUCAAUGCUGAAGCAAAACUCUAAAUGUUUUAUUGAGUGGACGUAA